CAAGCUGGAUGGUUUUGGUAAAUUUUGCUCUCGUUUUGCAAGACUUAUUUUAACAAAAGUUCUCAACAAUGACUUCUGAAACAAUCAUUCAGUGUUUUGAAAUACAGUUACCUUUUAAAUGUUUGAAAGAAGCAUUGGAAACUGUUGAGAAAGAUGAGAAUUCCGCCUUCAAAAGAAAGUGCAUUUUGCCUACCCUUAAGCAAGAAAUAAACCUAACAUUUGCGAAUUUGCAAGCUCACCUGAAGAUAACAUUUGAUAGACUUCCAUUUUCACUGUCAGACGGUAUAUAUAAAUGCAUAAUAAAUAGUAUAGAGGAUGACAUUAACACAACAACUAAGGAACAGCAUAAAACUAUUAAAAGUCAUAAUGAUAUUGUUGAAAGUGUUCUAAUUUCAACAAAAUCUCAAAAUCCUGCUGAACAAGAAGAUAUUGAUAGAGAGGAAACAAAGAACAAAUGUGAAGGAGUCUCUGUAAUACAGAGAAAUAUAUCUGAUGCUGAAAUUGUAUCUCCCAAAACAUUACCCACAGUAAAGCGAAAGAGAGGCAGGCCAAAGAAAGUAAAGUGCUUACUAGAAAAGGAUGCAGGAUCCCCAGAUUGUUUAAAUUCAGCAAUUUCAAAAGGUUCGGAAAAUUUAUGCAUGUCUGACUCUGGAGAGAAAAUUGAUGAAUCUUUGAAAAAGACGGAUACUGAUGGAAACUUUCCUGCAAAGAGAUAUGGUUUAAGAGGUAGAAAGCUUAACUCAAAGUUAAUGGCUUUAGUAAAGAGUGCAGGAAUUGAUGGUGAUGAUAGUGACAAUGGGUCUUUAUCGUUAUCUGAUAGUAGCAGUGAUGAAGAAAGUAAUAGAUUUAAAAAGAAAAAUAGGAAAGUAAAUAACCAUAAUGUGGAUUGUAAAGAAAAUAGAAGUUACUCUAAGAAGCUUAAGGAACAAGUGCAGGAAAUACUUAGUAAAGGUGUGGUGUCGGAAAUUAUAAAACAGACCAGGGGUAAAAUUGUUGAAUGCAAAAUGUGUGGGAAAAAGCUUUAUGGAUAUAUAAAUAUAUAUAAACAUGUUUUGAAGGUACACAGGAAAACAGCAGCACAAGAUGAAUACUUGAAAGAAAUUUCUAGACUAAAGGAGUGUUCUUGUUCCUUUUGUGGGGAAACAUUUAUUGACAGUUCAAGUUUGAAUAACCAUAAGGAGACUGCUCAUAAAGAUUUGGAUUUCCCCUGUCCACUCUGUGACUACAAAAGUAGUAACCUAUCAAAUUUGAGAAUGCAUGUCCGUAACAUGCAUGUUGAUAUUGGGAAGAAAGCGUUUUGCCAUCUAUGUACAGCUUCUUUCAGAUCUCAUGGCUCACUCAGACAACAUAUUGAUUUAAUUCAUUAUGGUAAUAAAUAUGUCAAGUGUGAUACCUGUAAGAAACAAUUUUACAAUAAAUCUCAGUUAAGGCGUCACAUGAAAUCUCAUGGGUCUAAUUUGGCUAAGAAGUUUACAUGUACAACAUGUGGUAAAUGUUUUAAUUUUGAAUAUAAUUUAAAAAGACAUAUCAGUGCAAUUCAUCAACCACAGUCUGAAAGUUUCCAUUGUUCGUACUGUGGGAAGGGGUUUUCACAAAAAAUACCCAUGAUUACCCAUGUUCAGCUUGUACACUUCAAUAUUUUCCCUUAUUCUUGCAAAGAAUGUAAAACCAGUUUUAUAAAAGCUCCUCUUUUGAAAGAACACAUGAUGUCAGUACAUCAUAUUAAAGACUUUCAAGUUCCUGUGGUCCCUAAAAAUAGCGUUUAUGACAAGAGUGAAGAGGAUAAGUUUUAUUGUUCGUACUGUAGUGAAAGCUUUACUCAUAAGAUACGUCUAAUUGAACAUGUACAUGGGGAUCACUCGGAUGCCUUCCCUUACAAAUGUGACACUUGUGUACAAGGAUUUCUAGAGCAAUCUUAUUUGAAACUUCAUAAGCUGAAGGCACAUGGAGAACUACUACAAAAUGAUGACAUCUUACCUCAGACAAAAUCAGCUGGUGAAAUAAUGCAGAUAAUUACAACGAAAAAUGGGUACCCUAACAAAGUCAUGUCAGCAAUAUCUGGUACAGAAAUUCUCCCAGAAAGUGAAGAAACUUUUCAGGACAAUCAGGCUGCUGUAAUCACUAAUGAUACAGAUUCACAGAACAACUUCUCCACAAACAUAGUGCAGAAUGUUCCACAACAUUCCUCCUCAUCCCUCGUGGUGGAAGUAGCACAAGGCUCAAAUACAUAUCAGUAUGUCAUAGAAGCCCCAGAAUCUAUAGGUCACUCGGAACUUGCCAUGCAGGAUAUUGCAAAUUUACUUCUAGCUGCAGGAAAAACUAGUGAUGAGGAUCAAGUGAAAGUUUUAGAUAUGGAACCUUCAUCUGUGCAAGAAAUUAGCCUUGUGAUUGAUGAUAAUACUCAGACACAAAUAUCAACUGUCGAAAAUCAAGCACAGCCAGUUGAAAUUUUACUUGGUCAAAACGAGCAGAACAUAUCCUUAGUAUCAGCAGAUAAUCAAAAUCAACCAAUGGAAAUUGUAAUCGAUCAAAAUGAACAGAACAGUGAAGUUUUCACAAUAGAAAAUCAAGCACAUGCUUUACAAAUAGAACAUGGGGAUAUAAUAGAACUGAAUGAUUCUAACUCUGUAGACGGCAAAAAUUAUUAUAGAAUUAUAAAUGUACUUGACAAUCACUCUUAAUGUUAGGAGAAAGUGGACAUCUUUGUGGAUUAGAUUUUUUUCUACAUUGAAGAAAUUAAAUAAACUUAAGAAAACUUAAUGAAUAAAAUAUUAAUUACUGUUAAGAAGCUUUGAAUAUUUAUAUUCAUGUUUAUAUUAAUGCAAGCUGUCUAAUGUCAUCAUGGUUUCCUAUGGUUAACUUUUAUUUCCUGCAAAUGUUGCCUUUUUGCUGGUCCAAAAUUACUACAAACACACUAACAAAGUUUUAUGAAGAUCAUAUCAAAAGUGUGACUUUAGAAUGUUAACAACUCUGAUGGUUCAGCAUCGAGCAACUCCUCGACUUACUUAAUUUUAUUAUCAACUUUUUUAGCAAUUAACUAACUAAAGCAAUGUUUUUAAAGGAUACACAUUGUAAUGAUUAUAA